AUGGUGGGCCAUGAAAAGCACAUCAAGAGUGCUUGCUAUAAUGCUGCAGCCUUUCUCUUUGUUCUCCUGGCUCUGCUGGUUGGUGUGGCUGUGUUCUGUGUGCUCCAGCCCUUCCUUCGCCCUCUCCUCUGGGCUGCAUUGUGUGGGAGCUUCCUCCAUCCUGUCAAGGAACAAGCGGCCGUGUUGAUGCGGUCGUGGCUCGAAUAUCUCAAGGAUUCUGGGAUGCCCCUCAUCCUGGGAACCAUUGGGAUACCAUUUCUUGCCACUGAUCUUGCCCUCCACUCUGUGUCAUUGCAAAUUAGCAAGCAUUGGUGGACUGUUCUUCUUGUGCCUUCCACUUUUCUCAUUUUCUUCUUCCUGUAUUAUGUAACUCCUGCUGCCUUGCUGCUCUGGUUUUGGAACACAGUCUUAGAGACAGCAAAUAUGAUGAGUCCAGUCAUGGGACUGACGUUGGCAGUGAGCAAUCUGGUGUUUGGUCUCCUGGCCCCUGAAGCUCUGUACAUGGCUGCACAGCCCAUCCUCCCAGGCGUUACUAUAAUCACGUGGGUUGUGUGUGUGGGGUCUCUGUUCAACUCACUGGGUUCUUGGCAGAUGCCCAUCUUCAUAGCCACUGUCUUUUUCCUGAUCCUGGGAGCAGUCUCAGAUGCCAUGGCUUGGGCUGUCGCUGGCAGACAUGUUCAGUCUCCAACACGUGAAGUCUUUAAGCGAGAGAAGGAGCAUCUAGAAAUAAAGAUCAAAGUCACGGCUCAUCAUGCAUGGACCCGCAUGAAGCCUUUUCUCGAGUAUAUGUCUCGGCCAGCCUUGUCCCUGAUCUACCUCGUGCAUUCGGGUGUGGUGGCUCUUCACUUGCGACUCCUCCAGAGUAAGAGAGUUGCAGGGCAUAUCCCUGUCCGCCGAUUCACAGUCCAUGUCCCCAGUCGCAUGGUUCUGGAAAAGCUGCGCCGGCUCUCAGACGAGCUCGAGGGCCCCCUGCCGAGCCGGCUGGCCUUCAUUGGUGCCCCCCUUGCAUUCAUUCGGCACAGGUUCAAGAGGGGGAGCUUGACUGAACGGCAGAGCAGUCUCUCCACCAUCACAGAAGAGAACCCUAAGGAGCCAAAAUCUGAGUUGAGCAUCCUGCAGACCUCUGUGGGAGAUUUGAGGUCCCCACUGUCCAAAGCGGUUCAGUCCACACCUGUUUCUGGUGGGCCGACAACAAUCCAGGAGACCCCGAUGGGCCCCAAGAAGCAGAAACCCAUCAAUGGGGAGGAGGGAAGUCCAGGUGCAUUCCAGGCCAAAAAGGAAGAGGGGGACUCCUAUCUUGUUGGAGUGAUCUGGGCGACAAUCCUUGUUCAGCUGUACAAGUAUCCCUGGCUCCUUCAACUCCUUCCUCUCCCUCUUGCCUAUUACUUGAUCCGGAAGGCAGGGAGUAGAUUCGGUGUAUGGGUGUUCCUAAAGGAUCAGGGAAUGAGUGCUGUGAAGCGUACCCAACGGUGGAUUCAGACGAGGCAGCAGAGUGUUGCUCCAUCUGUCAUCCGUUGGGCGUGGCACUCUCUCCUCACGGGGGAUCGGGCUGUCAUUUCUCUGCUUGAAGGAUAUGUGGACACUGUGGCCAGCGUCUUUGUCAUCAUAUUCAUCAUCUUGGGCUUCAUGGUUGCCAUAGUCAUUGCCACACUACAGGUGUAUGGGGAGGGGAUGUACCUGGUGGGAGUGACAAGCAACUUCCUCAAUUCUACAAUGGCUGGGAACAAGUUUUUCCCUGAUGGCUUCCAAGAAACUGUCAUUCAAACCACCAACUCACUCCACACAUAUGGACGGGAUUACCUGUCACAUGUGGUUCAAAGCCUGAGGGGUGACUUGAAUGAAAUGAAGUCCAUGGAGCUUGAAAAGCAGGUCCUGGAGUUGUGGGACAAGAUCUACGAGGAGUAUGAGGGUUUUGUCAGCAUGAAGGAGGACUAUACCACGUUCCAGUGGGGGGAGAUUUCUAGUACUGCCCAGAAGAUUCCAAUCUCAGAGGUGAUGAAUGUGACGAACAUGAUCCAGUUCAUGAAGAACAAUGUGGACAUGGUCCAAUCUAUUUUGAAGAGCUUAUGGACAGUGGUGGUGGGGAAUGUGAGCUUGGCAUUCAGUGCCUUUGCCUCCAUCAUCAACGUGGUGUUUGGUGGUGGAAGUGCCAUCCUCAACUUUCUAAUCAAUCUGGUGGUAUUGGCAGCUGUGUUGGCUGCCGUUCCCCUGCUUGGGACAUACUGGGCGGCCAUCCCAGGUGUGAUUGAGCUCUGGGCCGUGAAUGGCUGUCGCUCGGCUGCUCUGCUCCUUUUUGCCUUCCAACUGCUUCCCACCUAUUUUGUCAAUGACACCUUAUAUGGCAGCAUUGAGGGUGGAGCACACCCAUACAUCACUGGCCUGGCUGUGAUGGGUGGAGUCUUGGCCUUGGGUGUUGAGGGAGCCAUUCUCGGCCCUGUUGUCCUCUGCACCCUCCUCAUCGCCAUCAGUGUCUAUCGUUCCAUCAUCAAAGACUCUCCAAAUGAUCCUUCCGUGUUCCCCCAUCGCAGUCCCUUUCACAGUCAUGGAAGAAGCUGUGAGAAGCGAUGA